ACGUAAACUGUACCAGCUGAAUUUACCAAAAUGUCUGUUGUCCGUUGACGCCAAGUCGCAUUUUGGGGGUGGUUUUGUAAUAAAAUUUGCACAUUUUUUCAGUUUACUCACAAUAUUUGAAUAAAAUGUGCCUCUAAUACUAGAGUAGCGACUUAUUUCCGGCCUGCAAACCAUCGCUACAACGUGCAAACGCGUGGCUUGCGCUGAUAGUUGAUCUGGUAGUGUUUACGGAAGAAACUAAGACCAUGGCUUUCAGAAUUCACGAAGAUCAAGAAAAUACUACUUUGGGGCUACGAAAAGACAAUGCUGAUAUAUUUUCGGCAAACCAACGGCGUGCAUUGGGGGACCUUAGUCAGUUUGCGUGUAAUCAGAAUCGGAGCAGUAAACUGCCCGGUUUGACGAAUGGAACUUGUAAAGUUCAAGAUGAGAAUAGGACAAUGCGCCAAAUUAAGAACGAAAAGAACAUUGUGCCUCCCGUGGCGCAAUUCCGCGCGUUUAGCGUCUAUGAAGACAAACCGUCGGAGACGGAGGUUAAAAAGCGCGAGUCUACCUAUAAACCGUUUGCUACUAAGGAAACAAGGAAGGAAAAUAAUUUCUUCUUGACUGCCGCCGAAAAUGUAAGGUCGCUGUGCACCCAGGCCGAAAAACAGGCGUUAGCGGAAAAGAAACCAGAUCGGCCUAAAGAAGUACCUCCUCUUCGGCAACCAUUACAAUCAAAAAAAGAUGAGGCGGAAUCUCCAAUGUCACUUGUGGACUCCAGUGUCCUUUCUAUGUCUAUAUCUAAAAAUGAGAGCCAAUUGCUUGAAGAUAUUGAGGAAGAAGAGACCACCAUUGCACAGAACGAUCGGGAUAUGUUCUUCCAUGUUGUGGAGUACCGCCAAGAUAUAUAUGAAUACAUGAUGGAAAUUGAGGUUAAAAACAGACCUAACCCUCGGUACAUGCGCAAGCAGCCUGAUAUUACACACGUCAUGCGUUCUAUAUUAGUCGACUGGCUUGUGGAAGUGUGUGAUGAAUAUCAACAGCAGAGCGAGACACUUCACCUUGCUGUGUCAUAUGUGGACCGUUUCCUCUCAUACAUGAGCGUUGUACGUACAAAGUUGCAACUUGUUGGCACUGCUGCCACAUACAUUGCAGCGAAAUAUGAAGAGGUGUACCCUCCCGAAGUGUCGGAAUUCGUAUACAUCACAGAUGACACAUACACAAAACGUGAAGUACUUAGGAUGGAACACUUAAUUUUAAAAGUACUGUCGUUUGACCUGUCUACACCCACAUCCCUUGCGUUUCUUUCACAUUAUUGCAUAUCUAAUGGUCUUUCCAAGAAAACAUUCCACCUGGCUGCUUAUAUUGCUGAAUUGUGCCUGCUGGAAGCAGACCCAUACUUACAAUUUAAACCAUCUAUCAUUGCGGCAUCUUCGUUGGCGACUGCCCGUCACUGCCUGCUAUGUGAAAAUUGCACAUGUGUGAUGAGUUCGCGUGAGAGCCGCGAUCAGCCUUCACACGUGGACUCGCAGUGUGCCGCGAUGGCGUGGCCGGCAGCGUUGUCGAGCUGCUCGGGGUACUCGCUCGCAGACCUGGAGCCGUGCAUGCGAGAGCUCGCGCGCACACACUCGCAUGCAUCGGUGCAGCCGUACCAAGCAAUACCCGACAAGUAUAAGAGUAAUAAAUUUGAGGGCGUAUCGUUAAUUGAGCCGAGGCCGAUGUUCCCAGUGUCGAAGUACCAGCCGCCCGCGCCGAGUAACAACGCGCGGCCCCCGUCUGAAGCCGCGCGUGCCACCUAGUACCGCCACACGAAUAUUUCGAUGUAACAUGACAGACUCCGCCGACGAACCUUACUGGUUGAGAUCUAGAAAACGAAUUAAUUCGGUUCGGUUCAAAUUAAAAGUGAAAUAUUUUUUAUAAGACAUCUUUUAUGAUGUUUAUUUAGAAAUCUACAUAAUUGAAGAACGAUAGCAGUAAAUAAUAGCAAGGUUAAAACAGGCAGCCGUAAACAUGUUUUAAAUAUUAUUGUUAUGUGGUUGUCCAUUUGUGAUAAACAAUUCCUGGUAUGUAGUGUGUUUUUAACUUGGACUUAAGUUUGUUUUAUAGACUUCAGCCAUAGACUGUCGGCCUGCGGUGAACAAUAAAAUGACGCUAAACGUUUUUCACAUUGAAUUAGCGCGCUAUUCACCACCACAAAAUGCCAAUGCGCCAUCAGUGCCUGUUAAUCUAAAGAGUAAGUAUAGUAAAAAAAGACAACGAAGAAAGUGAUAAGUCUUGAAUUUAAUAAAUGUGUUAAGUACUUGUUUAUUUCCUAACCACACAUAAUAUUAACUUUGGUGAUUAAAUAUAUGUUCACAAACAAAAUAUUCGAAGUUCUAAUUGUAUUUCUACUCGUAAUAAAAUGGAAUCUUACUAACAUGAUGUGGUGUUGUGUGGAGUUAAUAUUACAUGCAAAAAAAAUAUUUAAAUCAAGCUCAAAAGUAGGUUGUAAAUCAUCUAAUUUUAGUGUGGUUGCUGUGUGCUUUCUUUCACUUUAUUCAUAAAAAAUAAACAACUAAUAAGUUUAGCAAAAAGUUGCUCAGUUUAAGAUCGACUGAAAAGAUUCAUUCAUGGUUUAUUUUCCAUUGUAAGAAUAUUUUGAUGACUUUUCAUUUGAAAGUAUUGUAAUGAUGGACGAGUUUUAAUUAAUAUAUAUAUAGUUAAUUUUGUUGCAUUUGUUGUCUUAAUGUUAAUAAACACCUUCCGAAUACUAUACUUACAUAAGUUUGUGGAAUUAAAAUAUUGUGUGCUGUUGUUAGUUUUAGAUUUAACAGUUUCCGAUGGAAAUAAAAUAUGUGACAUUACGUUUCAAAGUAACUCGAAGAAUUAUUGGUUGAUUUAAAAAUUCCUCAUAUAGUAAAUCAUGAUCACUUCCGUGUACAAUAUAAUGUAAUUUUAAGCUCUAGUUCUAAAUAAUAUUUAUGUUUAUUAGUAACUGUGCAACCCAAACGGAUUAGGUAUUUGACAAGUGGUUUAUUCAUUUAUUUUAAUUUAUAUACAAUAAUACAGAUCUUUAGAUAAAUUUAUAUAUUUUUUUUCUUUAAACUAUUAUUUAAUCCUUCGCAACUCUUUAAAUUGAUAAUCCAAAUAUAUAUUUUUUUAUUUUAGUAGAAUUCUCAGUUUAAACAGGGGUCAAAUACCUUUAUCAUUUUCAAAAUUAUUCUCUGCUGUAACGAAACUGGUUGCGCUAUUAUAUUGAUAAUAUCUUGAUGUAUAUUAUGUAUUUAUUUUCUUUGUUACUUAUCUGACAAUAAGAGUUCGAUUUAGCCAAAUAUUUUACGCUUUUUGUCGUCUUUUUGUGAUAAAUAGUUGUAAAGUUGUUCGUGGACCAAUGUUUUAUUAAUAAUGGUUUCUAAUGUUCAAACGAUUUCUACUCUCAAAAUAUUUUAUGUACCAUCUACCUCUAUAAGAUAUUGUUUUGUAUUACAAAAUUAAUAUAUUUACCUGAUUCAGUACCAUUAAAAAUUUGGAUUAUUAUGUAUUUUCAUCAACCAA